CAUAGUUUACGAAACAUCAUGGCGGCGCUCUUGGGUCGGCAGUUGCGGAAAAUUCCCAGCGCUUCUUUUCGGGGAAUUCUCAGUCAAAAUGUCGUCAAUCGCUCGCCUGUUAUUGCAUGUUCAAGAGGGAAGCAAUGGCAGCCAGAAGUGAAAGAUGUGGAGCAAUACGCCAAGGCCGUUAUGAUGCCAGAUGAGGUCACAUCCAAGUGGCCAGCACCCCCUUGGGAUGAUCGGGAUAAAAUGCCGGAGAAAGAAGUCUCCAAUCUGGUCAUCAAUUUUGGUCCGCAGCAUCCAGCUGCCCACGGUGUGCUGCGUUUGGUUCUGGAACUCAGUGGGGAAACUGUCAUGAGAGCCGACCCUCACAUUGGUCUUCUCCAUCGAGGUACCGAGAAACUCAUCGAGUACAAGACGUACCUCCAGGCCCUACCGUACUUUGACCGUCUUGAUUACGUCUCCAUGAUGUGCAACGAGCAAGCGUACUCGCUCGCUGUGGAGAAGUUACUCAAUAUUGAUAUCCCAGAGAGGGCUAAGUGGAUAAGAGUGUUGUUCGCUGAGAUCACACGCAUAGCCAACCAUAUCAUGGCAGUUACGACUCAUGCUCUGGAUGUAGGAGCCAUGACGCCAUUCUUCUGGAUGUUUGAGGAGCGUGAAAAGACGUUUGAGUUUUACGAGAGAGUAUCUGGGGCUAGGAUGCAUGCCGCUUACAUCAGACCGGGCGGAGUCCAGCAGGACAUGCCCCUUGGCUUGAUGGAUGAUAUCUACAAGUGGGCCCAGAACUUCUCUCUAAGAAUCGAUGAAGUUGAAGAGAUGCUAACCAAUAACCGCAUCUGGAAGGACAGACUGACCGAUAUUGGGGUUAUAUCGGCAGAGGAUGCUCUUAAUUAUGGAUUCAGUGGAGUGAUGCUCCGAGGAUCAGGGAUCAAGUGGGAUCUACGUAGGACCCAGCCAUACGAGGUUUAUGAUCAGCUGGAGUUUGACGUACCAAUCGGGACACACGGAGACUGCUAUGAUAGAUAUUUGUGUCGUGUUGAAGAGAUGAGACAGAGUCUCCGCAUCGUUGAGCAAUGCCUCAAUAGGAUGCCUCAAGGAGAGAUCAAAAUAGAUGACAACAAGGUGUCUCCACCCAAACGAGCAGAGAUGAAGGAUUCAAUGGAAGCUUUGAUUCACCAUUUCAAGCUGUACACAGAAGGAUACCAAGUGCCACCAGGAGCAACGUAUUCCGCUAUUGAAGCUCCUAAGGGUGAGUUUGGUGUAUAUCUUGUGUCCGAUGGGUCUAGUCGCCCAUACCGUUGCAAGAUCAAAGCACCUGGUUUCGCUCAUCUAGCAGGAUUGGACAAAGUGUCCAGAGGUCACAUGCUGGCUGAUGCUGUCGCUAUUAUCGGAACCUUGGAUGUUGUGUUUGGAGAGAUUGAUCGCUAAAGACGUCAGAAGGUCAUCCAUAAGAAAACAGUUGUCUUAUUUAGACUGGGACAGGUUUUAAAGACUCAUCAAUUAUACAUCUUGACCUUUCCUUCCUGAGGGAGAACGCAAAUAUUUGGCCUGAAACAACCAGUGAAAUUCUUUGCACUCCUUAAAGUUGAUAGCAUGGGUUGAAUCAAAUCAAACAUACGGUGCAGUAGGAAACUAACAUUUAAUAUUGUACAAAGUGAAUUCCUAUGAUUGGGAAAAAAUACAUGUACUUUUCUGGACAGGCUUAGCUUUGAAGAAUGUGCAUAAAAUAGGUUAAAGUGAAGAUAUAAAUGUUCACAGAUUUGCAAACAACUUAAUGGUAUGAAGAUGUUUGAAAACAGUGAAAACAUUUAAGGAUUUUCCCACUUUUUCUUGCUACUCCAAUGGCCGAUUGAACUUAAACUUUCACAGGUUUAUGAUGUCAUGUAUAUGUUGGGUUUAACAUUAAGUAUGGAUACUGGUAUACAUGUGUGCUUUAACUUGCUCUCUGGAAAUUAAAGAAUUAAAACCAAGGCAAGAUAAGAAAGGUGUUUCGUAAAGUUGAAUAGGAAGCCGUUUUCUGCUGUUGACAAUGUAAAUAUUUAUUCUGGACUCUAUUUUGGUUGCCCCAGUAAACUUGAUUUGGGCUGACACUAUUAUUAAAGAGACCACACUCUUGUGAUCUACACAUAUAAAUGUAAUUACAAAAGGGAAAUAACAUCAUUGGAAAUUUCUGUAUUUUUCAAGAAAAUAUGGAGUUUUGGGGUAGGAUUUAUUUAUGAAGAAUCGGUUCAUCGACCUGUUUACUUUUAUAAGUCUUUGAAAAAAAGCCAUCCCGGACCUUGUAUUAAAAACACAGUUCAAAUGUUUUGAGAGACCAUCGCUUUAAAAUGAUACAAAAUGGCAAAUGCAUCUUCACUGUAGAAAUUAAAUUUAAAUUACACAAAAAGAAAUACUCGUGCUGUACUUUACAAAUUUAGUCAAACUUCAUAUGGAUUAGUUCGUAUUUGUUAAAAAAACAAAAAACUAAUAAACAUUGAUUUGAUUGAAGCAUAA